AUGUCGAUAUUAACAUUUCAUAGGAAGAAAACAAGAGAUGUUGGUUGUGGUUAUUAUCUCUUCAUAUCUUCUUGGAUAUCAAUAUGUUUAAUAAUUAUAUUAUUAAUUAAAUUUUGGCAAUUACUGUUAUCACAAAUGACAAUUCUUACGAAUCGAUCAUUUGUUAAUUUUAAUUGUAUAUUAUUAGAUGUUAGUAUUAAAGUUCUUAUAGCCUUUAAUGAUUGGCUUGAUACAUGUGUUUGUAUUGAACGAGCUAUAACUGUUAGUAAAGGUGUGAAAUUCAAUAAAAAUAAAAGUAAACAAAUAUCGAAAUGGGUUAUAUUAAUUAUUUUGAUUGUUACAAUUUUAACACAUCUUCAUGAUCCAAUUCAUCGUCAAUUAAUUGAUGAUAUUGAUAUUGAUGAAAAACGUAUAUGGUGUUUAGUACAAUAUCCUUCUUCUUCAAUUAAGACUUGGAAUUCAUUUAUUACAUUUGUUCAUUUUCUAAUGCCUUUUAUAAUCAAUUUAUUAAGUAUAAUUUUUAUUAUUAUUUCAAUUGCUCGUUCUCGUUCAAAUCUACAAAGAAGAACACCAUUCAUAGAUCAUCUACGAUUACAAUUAAAACAACAUAAAUCUCAUCUAAUAGCAUCAUGUGUAUUCAUAGUAAUAGCAUUGAUACGAUUAAUCCUUUCAUUUUCAAGUGGAUGUAUGAAAUCACCAAAUAAAUCCUGGUUAUUUCUUAUUGCAUAUUUAAUAUCAUUUUUACCAUCAAUGAUGACAUUCUUUGUCUAUAUAUUACCAUCAAAAGUAUAUAAAAAAGAAUUUAAUACUUCUGUCCUGCAAAAAAUUGGACGAAUUCGUGCUUUAUUUUAA